UGCUGGCGUGAUGCACUGCAGGCGCAAGUUUCUUCUGUGUGUGCUGACAUGUCUCGGAGGCAUUGAGCUCACAGCUGGAAUUAGUAAUGGGCAAAAAGCCCCAAAGGAGUCACUGCCAUAUAUGGUCUCAGUGCAGGAUAACAACGGUCAUGUAUGUGGAGGAUUUCUCAUCAGCGAAGACUUUGUGGCAACUUCGGCACAUUGUGAUGACUCGAAACUUACACAUGUUGUUCUUGGCAGCCAAAAUCUCAAGAAGGGAUAUGAUGAAAUAAUAACCAUCGAAAAGAAAUUUAAGCACCCAAAUUAUGAAAACGUUGUGUGGGGUAGUGACAUCAUGCUCCUUAAAUUGUCUAGCAAAGAUCAGACAGGCUUCAAAGUACAAGUAAUUCCACUUCCACCUGCUGAAAUAAAACUCAAAGAUAAUCAGGUGUGCCAGGUGGCAGGAUGGGGAUUAGACGAUGAGCUGAGAAUGACGGACGUGCCCGUCAUUAACCCACAAGUAUGUCAGAGCCAGUGGUGUCCCUCUCUUCUUCCUCCCAACAUUAUCUGCGCAGGUGGAUAUGGCACAAACAAAGGACUCUGUCACGGUGACGGUGGCGGUCCUCUGGUGUGCAGCGGGAUAGCUGUUGGUGUUGUGUCUUUUAGCAAAAAUUCUGACUGUAAAUACCCACAUUCACCCGAUGUCUAUACAGACAUCUCAAAGCACCUUCAGUGGAUCAACAAGAUUUUGAAACAAGAUUUAGAAGUGUUCAAGUUUUGUGUCAGAAAACGUUUAAUGUAAAUAACAAGAUUAAUAUUUUUC